AUGGCGAACGAGCAAAUCUCGCUCCCGUAUCUGAUAGUGAUACUGCUCGUCACAGCAUUUGUGAUACGGUUCCUCUUCUUCUCGCCAUCACCGCCACCGUCGGCAUCGGCAUCCCGGCAGAGCGCGGCAUCAGUGCUGCGCACGCGCGAAGCUGCUGUCGAGAGGAUACAGCAGAUGUUCCCCCAGGUGGAUCGACGGACGAUUCUAUGGGAUCUGCAAAGGAAUGGAGGCAACAUUCAGGCCACGUCCGAGAGGAUCUUGGCGGGACGCAUGGAAACACCCCCGGUCACCUUCCAGCCACCUCCUCCGCCGGGAACUAGCCCAGCGGCAGCAAGCGCCGCCACCGCAGCAGCCUCCAAGGCCGCCGAGAAGCCUUCGCAACCUGACUUGAUCACGAGAUACAAGCUGCAAGACAAGAUCGCACAGCAGCAGGCGGCAGCGGCAGCAGCGGCCGAAGCAGAGAAGGAUAGGGGCAGCAAGGGAUGGAGUUCGAAUCGAGAUGAGAGGCAGGCGCUGUUGCAGAAGCGCAGAGACGAGAUGAUUCUGGCGGCGCGGAGGAAGAUGGAGGCCAAGAUUGCCGCGGAGAAGACAUCAAGCUAA